AAUUUGAAAUUUCCUUCUAUCAAGGUGAUUGGUUGAUUUUAGAAAAACGAAUGGAAUAAUCAUAGAGCAAUAUGGCUGCUGAAUUUAGAUGUGGUGGGCUAUUAUUCACUUCAAAAUUUGAUUCCGGAAAUCUGGCUGGCGUUGAAAAAGUUGAACGCUCGGAUAGCGACAGUGACGGAGCACCUAAUGAUCCUUAUGGAAUCAGAGUUAUCCCAGAUUAUGAGUUCAACGUCUGGACAAAACCGGAUUGCGGCGGAACACCGUAUGAGAAUGGAAACCGUUCAUGGUUUUAUUUUGGUAUUCGGGGAAAUACUCCAAAUAAAGUGAUAAAAAUAAAUAUUGUGAAUUUAAAUAGACAAGGGAAGUUAUACAGUCAAGGAAUGUCUCCUAUGGUGAAAGUCUUACCCUCAAAACCAAAAUGGGAGAGAAUACGUGACAGAGCAACAUACCAAAUGGUUGAUGGACAAUUUACAUUAUCAUUUACUUAUAGAUUCUCAGACCAUAAAGGCGGGACAACUUAUUUUGCAUUCUGUUUUCCAUGGUCUUAUGCAGAAAGCCAAGACCAACUCGAAAAAUUAGACGAAACCUUUCCUGGCUGUGCUGAAAUACGACCAGGACAACUUCCCGAUAGUGCUGUAUACUACCACCGAGAAGUUGCUUGUUUCUCUCUAGACAAAAGAAAAAUUGACGUUCUGACGAUAACAUCAUGUAAGGGAAUGUUAUCAGAGCGUGAACCGCGACUUGAGAAUCUUUUUCCCGAUAAAAGCGUCCCUCGGCCUCAUAAAUUUUCAAAUAAACGAGUUUACUAUGUGAGCAGUCGUGUGCAUCCUGGUGAGACGCCUGCUAGUUUUGUUUUUAACGGUUUUCUCGAGUUUGCUCUUCGAGAAAACGACGCUCGUGCACAAGUUCUGCGAGACAGAUAUGUUAUAAAGAUGAUUCCUAUGUUGAACCCUGAUGGUGUGUAUCGAGGACAUUAUCGAACUGAUCAAAGGGGGGUGAAUUUAAAUCGACUUUACCUGAUGCCAGAUUUUAGAGACCAUCCUUCAAUUUAUGCCACACGUUCUUUAUUAUUAUUUUAUCAUCACUAUUACCAAUAUAAGGAUCAAAAUAACAACAAAACCAUGACAAAUCAAAAUGGAAAUGGUGACACUGCAGAAAAUAGCAAUGACUCGGAUGUUUCAGAAAAACAAAUUAGCAGUGACUCAUCAGAAACUGAAAUUGGGAAACAAAAAUCUAAAGACAGUAUAAUGUCGAUGUGUUUCGGAAAGAGAAAGGACUCAAUAAAAGAAGCAAAAUUUGUUCCUUUUCAAGGAGAUUAUUUAGGCAUACCACCACGAGAAAGUGGGAUUGCGUUUUAUGUAGAUUUACACGGUCAUGCCUCGAAAAGAGGAUGCUUUAUUUAUGGAAACCACUUAGAAAUUGAAGAGGACCAAGUAGAUAAUUUACUUUUUCCUAAACUAAUUUCCCUAAACAGUGCUCAUUUUGAUUUCAAUGGAUGCAAUUUUACGGAACGCAACAUGUAUCUUAAAGAUAAGCGAGAUGGAAUGUCCAAAGAAGGAUCAGGCCGAGUUGCGAUUUUCAAAACAACUGGGAUUAUACAUAGUUAUACUUUGGAGUGUAAUUAUAACACAGGUAGAACUGUGAAUUGUAUUGCUUCGACUGUGCCUAAUGGAAAAGCUACGCCUCCUCCCCCAGCUGGUUUCCCGCCUAAAUAUACACCAGAAAUUUUUGAAGGCGUUGGACGUGCAAUGGCGAUUGCUGCAUUGGAUUUUUAUGGCUGCAAUCCAUGGUCAAGGUUAAAGCAUUCCGAGUUUACAUCGCUUGAAAAUUUAAGAAAUUGGAUGACUAGAUACGUUAGGAGCUCGCGAGGAAACCCGAUACUGCCAAGAAAAAUGACUACAAGAAUCCCAAUUACCAACUCUAACCUUUCAACCAACAUAAAUUCUAACGGCACAACAAAUGGCACUGCUAGACCAGCAAAUAAUAGGUUUUCUGGAAGUUCAGAUUCAAGGAAAAAUGCAGUUUCAACAUACAGAAAUGGUCCGAAUAGUAACGGAAGUUCCAAUGGAUCAAAUGGUACAAAAAGAGUUGUGGCCACAACUAAAAAUCAGCUUUCCCCAUUCAAAUCAAUGUCUACUCCAUCUGUAAGCAAUAUCCCGGGAACAAAUCGGUUCACAAAUCGCCAGAAAACGUUAAUCCGAGUUACCGUGAAUAAUAAUGGAAGAACUGUAAAAACCACUCAAGAACAACCAACACAUAUAAAAUCAUCAAAAUCAUUACAGCCUUGUCAAAAAAGCAAAAUGACGCAAGAAACUCCAGUCACACUGUCUUUUACCACAAUGAAUGCUGGUUUAAAAAAUUCUAUAAUACCCAGUCCUGCAGCUUUGCCAAACGUUAUCGAAAGCCUCGGACCUGAAAUCGAUGAGCGACUUCUGAUCUGUUUGAGGGCACUAGAGAGCCCUAGUUUUCCACACUCCGUAGAUGGAUCAACUAUGCUGCCAUAUACUCCUCCGAAUCUGAAUUCAUCAUUACAAAAUGGACAUUUGGCGUCUAUGACCCCCCCUUUACAUCAUCGCAGCUUACCUCAACAUAUUAGGAACGACAGUAUUAUACAAAGUCUUACACAAGAAUACAAUAUGAACAAUUUGGAACUGCCAGCUGGUGACACUAGAGGGCUGAACCACUACGCAAAACAAGCAAAUUAUCUGCUAGGUAGAGCACAAAAUUUUGGACACGUUGGGGCUCAAAAACAGAACCUGUCUCAAAAUAAACAACAAUACCCAAGGCUACGAGAAUCAGGCUUCAUUAGCCCGCAAGUUUGUAAACCUCCUUCUUUUAUAGGAAGAGGGAAGAGUGCUUUGUCAAUGGAAGCCCCAAUGAGUCAUGUUGCGAGCAACAAAAUUACACCUACGAGUUCCGAUCGUAUUACUUUAUCUACCGGUAACAUCCCUUCUUCGAGCUCUUUUCAUAAUAAUGGCCAAGUUGCGCAACCAGUGGUUCUGACUAUAGAUGGCGCUGAAAAACAUCUACCUCUUACUGUUACUCGUAAACCGAUCAUUCAUCCGAAAGAUGAAAACGCAAAUUUUAUGCUAAAAAUGAACGGCGAUGUAUAUAACCCCACAACACGGCCCCCGAUUGUACAUUUCAAACCAAACGGAGGUUUAUUGCCAGAAAAAAUCGGAGAUGAGAGAUUACAAAAAACUCCUACUCCGAGUAAACGAGUCAGCAAGCUAAGACAACCGAGAAAAAUAGGAUCGGGAAAGCGUGAAGUCACUCGCCGAGGGAGUGGUUCUCAACUCAGCGCAAAAUCAGGGAUAGAUAAGGAAAUGCGAUAUCUGAGAACACCUAAAUCUGGCAGAAAUUCUCGUAAUGGAAACAUUACUGGUCCAAUGCUUUCAGGUGAAGCAGUACAACUUACUCCUCGAGUGCAGAAAACUGUCAUUGACGAUAGUAUCGAUAGUUCAAGAGUCAUUCCGACAAUGUUCACUGAUGCGGAAAGUUUAUCUCAAAUGAACAUAAACACAACUUCACCAACUGCGAUUAACGCUAGCAUAAUGAUGAUGAACUGCAGUCCGAAAGGAGAUGAAGUUUGACCUUCAACUUUUAUAAUGACCUUCAUUUCCAGGAAGUUAAUUUUCAAACUUCAUUCGACCUUUGACCCAAGGGUAUAGAAGUAAAAAAGAGCAAAGUGUUAAAUUUUUCAUAUAGUCUGUAUUGUGUUUGUUCUUCAUGCAUAUUAUUCCACUGAUAUAUUCGUACGCCACUGUGUCUUUUAUCAAUGAUUUUAUGGAAAUUCAUUAUAUUUAGCUGUUUUCUUGACAGUAUAGUCUUGAAAUGUUUCUAGUCUUGUGUCAACCGCUUUCCAAUGAUAUUUCUAUGACCCUAUUCACAAUCUAAUUAACCUACAUGAAGUUCUUUCCAUGUCGGUGAUGGCUUGAAGAUCUUUUAUUAUUAAUAUUUUUCCCAGUUUUAGAUGAAGGGGCCUGAGACCUUGUUAUGAGCAAAUUUGCAGAAAAAGUAAUAUAAUUAUUUGGAAACGGCUGUCUUGUUGUCUCUUUUAAAUUC